CGGGGAGGCGGGGGGAGGCGGGGAGCCCGGCCGCCAGCGCUCGGGUCCGCCUCUGACUGCAGCGCGGCGGGGCGAUGUGUGAUUACCAUGGCGAGGAGUCUCUGUCCGGGGGCCUGGCUAAGGAAACCCUAUUACCUCCAGGCUCGCUUCUCAUAUGUGCGGAUGAAAUAUCUUUUCUUUUCCUGGUUAGUGGUUUUUGUUGGAAGCUGGAUUAUAUAUGUGCAGUAUUCUACCUAUACAGAAUUAUGCAGAGGAAAGGACUGUAAGAAAAUAAUAUGUGACAAGUACAAGACUGGAGUUAUUGAUGGGCCUGCAUGUAACAGCCUUUGUGUUACAGAAACUCUUUACUUUGGAAAAUGCUUAUCCACCAAGCCCAACAAUCAGAUGUAUUUAGGGAUUUGGGAUAAUCUACCAGGUGUUGUGAAAUGUCAAAUGGAACAAGCAGUUCAUCUUGAUUUUGGAACUGAAUUGGAACCAAGAAAAGAAAUAGUGCUAUUUGAUAAGCCAACUAGAGGAACUACUGUACAGAAAUUUAAAGAAAUGGUCUAUAGUCUCUUUAAGGCAAAAUUGGGUGACCAAGGAAACCUCUCUGAACUGGUUAAUCUCAUCUUGACGGUGGCUGAUGGAGACAAAGAUGGCCAGGUUUCCUUGGGAGAAGCAAAGUCAGCAUGGGCACUUCUUCAACUGAAUGAAUUUCUUCUUAUGGUGAUACUUCAAGAUAAGGAACAUACCCCCAAAUUAAUGGGAUUCUGUGGUGACCUCUAUGUGAUGGAAAGUGUUGAAUAUACCUCUCUUUAUGGAAUAAGCCUUCCUUGGGUCAUUGAACUUUUUAUUCCAUCUGGGUUCAGAAGAAGCAUGGAUCAGCUGUUCACACCAUCAUGGCCAAGAAAGGCAAAAAUAGCCAUAGGACUUCUAGAAUUUGUGGAAGAUGUUUUCCAUGGCCCCUACGGAAAUUUCCUCAUGUGCGAUACUAGUGCCAAAAACCUAGGAUAUAAUGAUAAGUAUGAUUUGAAAAUGGUGGAUAUGAGAAAAAUUGUGCCAGAGACAAACCUGAAAGAACUUAUUAAGGAUCGUCACUGUGAGUCCGAUUUGGACUGUGUCUAUGGCACAGAUUGUAGAACUAGCUGUGAUCAGAGUACAAUGAAGUGUACUUCAGAAGUGAUACAACCAAACUUGGCAAAAGCUUGUCAGUUACUCAAAGACUACCUACUGCGUGGUGCUCCAAGUGAAAUUCGUGAAGAAUUAGAAAAGCAGCUUUAUUCUUGUAUUGCUCUCAAAGUCACAGCAAAUCAAAUGGAAAUGGAACAUUCUUUGAUACUAAAUAACCUAAAAACAUUAUUGUGGAAGAAAAUUUCCUACACUAAUGACUCUUAGUUCAUUUGGACAUAAUUACCAUUUUAAGAAACUUGCCACUUUCAAAGAACAAUUUUGAGCAUUUAAAAAAAAUGGCUUCAGAUUCCUGCCAGUUACACAAAACUCGUUCCCCCCAGGCCUGAGAAGCCAUCAGUAUGUGAUUACUGAAGUAAUGGCAGGUGUAGGAUCAACAGGUCCCCAAGAUGUCAUUCCUGCCCUUUUAGAAGCCCUGUUACAUCUCUGAAGUACAUUCAUUGUGUAACUAUUUUGACUGACUCAGUGAGUGAUUUGUAGAUUUACCCUAGCCAAAAUACAAAUGCUGGAAGCAUUGUGUUUGCAUUGAAGCUGCUGUUCAACAAGAAAAUUUAUAAAUUUACUAAUGUCUUAGCAUGGUAAAGUUUGCACAUUAACAGAAAUUAAAACUGCAAAGCAGGUUAAACUUGCUUCUUUAUAAACAGAUGUUGGGUUUAUAGCAUGGUUUAUUGUAUUGAAGACUUAAACACCCAUUUUUAACCUCAUUCAGACAUCAGCUGUUAUGUGUAGCUUCACAAUGGUUCAAGUGGCUUACUUCAAGAAAUCUUAUACUUGACAGUACACCAAUUUUAUUGACUAAAAAUGGAUGAACUUACCUAAAGAUUCAAAGGGCCCAUCUUAGUAUCACGCAGCUGACUGACUGAGCCCUUCAAAACUGACAUCUUAAGGCCCAAUCAAAAUCCACAUAUCCUGAUUUUGAGCUAUGUGAAAGUGGGACUGUAAGUGCAAGACUAAAAUAAAUUAUAGCAGACUUUUUAGUAAUAACUUUCCAUUUUCAAACAGUGUAUCCUGUGGGCCAAAGGGCUAUUUCUUAAAGAGGCAUGCAAAUGUAUUAAUCUAAUGUUUUUUUCCCCAUGUAAGGUUUAGUAUUUGCUCCUCUUUCAUAUUAUUUUCACAUGUAUACUCAGAUUUGGCAUGUACCUUUCAACAUCAAACACCUUUUGGAGAAAAGAUCCAGUAUUUUCUGCUCAAAAGUUUCACCUACUUAAAGUGGACGUGUCAAAAAUCGAUGUGACCUUCACUGGACAGCGUUCUCUCAAAACUUUCAACGCUAUGGAUUAGCACCAGUUUUGUUUAAGGUACUUUUCCCAUUAAUCAUCUGGUUAUAAUAAAUGGAUGGAAGAAAUA